AUGGCAGCCGUCAAAUGUGUCUUGCUUGACAUUGAGGGCACUGUCUGCCCAAUAUCCUUCGUCAAGGACACGCUGUUCCCAUAUGCUCUCAAGGCCCUACCCGACGUCUUGUCCUCCAAAUGGGACGACGAGGACUUCAGACCAUACCGCGACGCCUUCCCAGAAGAAGCACGUCAGUCCGCUCAAGAACUCCAGGCCCACGUUGAAGAUCUCACCAAGCGCGACGUCAAGAUCGCGUAUCUCAAGAACCUUCAAGGAUAUCUCUGGGAAACUGGAUACAAGACUGGCGCAUACUCCACUCCUCUGUUUCCCGAUGUUGCGCCUCAGCUGAGGAAAUGGAAGGAGCAAGGAGUGCAGCUCGUCAUUUACUCUUCGGGGAGCGUUUUUGCGCAAAAGCUGCUCUUCGGUCAUGUUGCCAGUCCGACUGCAGAAGCUGGACAAAAGCGGAAACGAGCACUUGAAGGAGAUCUGGAUCAUGAUGAGACCGUGCCCGCCAAGAAGAAAGCCAUUGAGGGUGAGGGUGGAGCAGCAGAUGGCUCUGAUGGAGCUGUUCAGAUGUCAUCCGAUCUUGCAACAAACAACAUCGAUACGAUCCAGGCCGACACUACCAACCUUCCACACGAAGAUGGCAAUGCUUCUACUGAAGACUUGCAACACCUCAUCAGUGGCUGGUUCGACACGACGAAUGCCGGACUCAAGCAGGAUGCGGGAAGUUACAAAAAGAUUGCUGAUGCGUUACAGAUGGCUCCUCAGGAUAUCCAUUUCCUCAGCGACAAUGUCAAAGAGGUCGAAGCGGCGAUCGAAGCUGGGAUGGCUUCCUCCAUCGUUGACAGACCCGGAAAUGCGCCGCUGUCUGAGGAAGACAAGGCACGAUUUCACGUCGUGCAAUCUUUGGACCAAGUCAGCCUGACUGCAAAGAAGGCAUCAAACAGGGAGGAAGUAGAUGCCGUACCAGAGCCUGAGAAGCCCAGCCGAAGGCGAUCCCAACGGUUGAAGGGGAAGGACUUGUGA